AUGCACCCCGGGUCCCCUGCUGAGCCCAGCCGUGUGUGCACUGUCCCACCUUUCUCAGCACUGCUGUCUGCUGUGAGAAUCAACGGGGAUGGCCAGGAGGUCCUGUACCUGGCGGAGGGGGACAACGUGAGGCUGGGCUGCCCCUAUAUCCUUGACCCCGAGGACUACGGCCCCAACGGGCUGGACAUCGAGUGGAUGCAGCUCAACUCAGACCCAGCACACAGGGAGAAUGUGUUCCUGAGUUACCAGGACAAGAGGAUCAACCACGGCAACCUGCCACACCUGCAGCAGAGGGUCCGCUUUGCCGCCUCGGACCCCAGCCAAUACGAUGCCUCCAUCAACCUCAUGAACCUGCAGGUGUCCGACACGGCCACCUACGAGUGCCGGGUUAAGAAGACCACCAUGGCCUCUCGGAAGGUCAUCGUCACCGUGCAAGCGCGGCCCGCCGUGCCCAUGUGCUGGGCGGAGGGACACAUGUCACAAGGCAAUGACGUGGUGCUGAAGUGCUUCGCCAACGGGGGCACCCAGCCGCUGUCCUACCGCUGGGCCAAGAUCAGUGGGCACACGCACCCCUACCGCGCGGGCUCCUACCACUCCCAGCACAGCUUCCACUCAGAGCUGUCCUACCAGGAGUCUUUCCACGGCGCCAUCGGUCCAGGUAUGAACAACGGGGACCUCCUGCUGAAAGGCGUGACCAGCGAGGACAACGGGCUGUACCAGUGCACCGUGGCCAACCACGUGGGCUACAGCGUGUGCGUGGUGGAGGUGAAGGUGUCAGAUUCCAAGCGCAUCGGCAUGAUCGUCGGCGCCGUGCUGGGCUCGCUCCUCAUGCUCGGCUGCCUCAUGAUGGGCAUCUGGGGGCUGGUUUGCUGCUGCUGCAACGGCGGCGGCGUCGGCGGCGGCGCCCGCGGGGCCUUCGGCUACGGCGGCGGGGUCGGCGGGGUCGGCGGCGGGGCCUGCGGCGACCUGGCUAGCGAGAUCAGAGAGGACGACGUGGCGCCCGGGUGCAAGGCCAGCGGGCGCGGCAGCCGCGUCUCCCAGCUCCUGGGGUACCCGACGCAGAACGUCCGCCGCUCCCGGCGCCGCCACUACGCGCCCCCGCCCUGCGGCGGCCCCGAGGACGUGGCGCUCGCGCCCCGCACCGCCGCCUGCGAAGCGGGCCCGGCUCCGGUCUACGUCAAGGUCCAGAGUGCCGAGCCCGAGUGCGCGCAGGCGCAGCUGCCCCACAAGGACGGGCUCCUGGUGUGAGCGCGCCGGCCCCGGCCGCGCCGCCUCGGGGACACGCGCCCGGGAAGGACGCGCGCUGCGGCGGGGACACGCGCUCGGGAAGGACGCGCGCUGCGGCGGGGAAGGACGUGCGCUCCGGCGGCACGCGCGCUCCGGCGGGGACACGCGCUCGGGACGGACGUGCGCUCCGGCGGCACGCGCGCUCGGACGGGACGCGCGCUCGGGAGGGGCGCGCGCUCCGGCGGGGUGGGGGACUCGCGCCCCGUCGCCGAGUGUGGGCGCAGUUCCUGGAGACGCGCAGAGCCUCUGCCGGUAGCCAGGGAGGGACAGAGAAAGACGGCGGCAGCCCCCGCGCUGGGCCGCGAUUCGAGAUGCGGGUGGAGACGAGGCGAGCGGUGAGCCCUUGCCGGGCCCCAGGGCCGGGAGGGCGGGUCUGCGGGAACUGCUGUGGGAGGACC